GCCUCGGAAGGACCCGGCUGCAAGCGCUCGGCGCAGUCGUCGCAGCCGCCGACCGGACGGCGCCCGCCUGCAGCCCGGUCCUCUGCCUGCCGGCCGCCCGCCACGAUGCCCUAAGGCCACUGAGCUGCUCAGAGGGCUGCCGUGGUGGCCCGCAGCUCCCAGGUCACCUGCAUGUGCGUGGCAGGCUCCUGCUGACACACCUGGAAGCCACCUUGGGUUCCACCAGYGUUGUCCUCAACAACCCGCCCCGGCCAUGGAGGCCCCCGAGGUCCCCGUGGGCUCGCUGGUUGACUUUGGGAUGGAGCCGCCCACCGCCCCUCCCCUGGAGGCAGCACCCUCCACUCUGCAGGACGGGGAUGGCUCCCUGGGGGACGCUGCCUCCGAGAGCGAGACCACGGAGUCCGCGGACAGCGAGAACGACAUGGGCGAGUCGCCCUCACACCCAUCCUGGGACCAGGACCGCCGCUCCUCCUCCAACGAGUCCUUCUCCUCCGGCCAGAGCGCCGAGUCGGCCCAGGACGAGGACGCCCUGGCACUGCGGGAGUUCAUGCGUGGCUACGUGGAGAAGGUCUUCUCAGGAAGGGAGGACUUGGAUCAGGAGGAGAAGGCCAAGUUCGGGGAGUACUGCAGCAGCCAGGAUGGGAAAGGCCGCGAGUGGUUUGCUCGAUACGUGAGCGCCCAGCGCUGCAACUCCAAGUGCGUGUCGGAACCGACCUUCUACCGGCUGGUGCAGUCCUUUGCCGUGGUGYUGUUCGAGUGUCAUCAGAUGGAUGACUUCGGACCUGCCAAGAACCUCAUGACCAUGUGCUUCACCUACUACCACCUGGGCAAGCCGCACCAGCUCCCCUCGGAGCCCAGGGAGAAGCCCGCGGGCAGCAUCGACUCCUACCUGAAGUCCGCCAACAGCUGGCUGGCAGAGAAGAAGGACAUUGCCGAGCGGCUGCUGAAGAACACGGAGAACGUGAAGGGCUUCUUUGGGGGGCUGGAGACCAAGCUGAAGGGACCCCUGGUCAGGAAGAAUGAGGAAGAUGAGAACAAACCCAAGGACAAGCAGCCCAAGACUGUGACCGUGUUCARCCCCGAGGACGAGCAGAAGGGGGAGAAGAUCUACCUGUACACACACCUGAAGCAGCAGCCCAUCUGGCACACGCUGAGGUUCUGGAACGCGGCCUUUUUUGACGCYGUCCACUGUGAGAGGAGAAAGCGCUCUCCCACCACCAGAGGGGAUGCUGGACAGCAGGAGAAGAGGGAGAGGUGGUGCCACAUGACGCAGGAGGAGCGGGACGACAGCCUGCGGUUCCACGAGAACAUCACCUUCGGGCAGCUGGGCACCUUCACCCACAACAUGCUGGCCUUCGGGCUGAGCAAGACGCUGUGCCGCGAGUUCCUGAAGAAGCAGGCUGUGAUCGGCCACCUGGACGAGGAGCAAUACAAGCUGCUCAGUGACCACAUUGAGCRGAUGGCCACUGAAUAGGAGACGGAGGGCCUGUGCUACUGUCCAGGGCAGCCACUGGCUGUCCCCACCUCUGACCCUGCAUGACACCAGCGGCCCCGGGGCUGCGCCGCGCAGCCCUGGAACUAGCGGUUAGAAGAACCCGGCUGUGUCCUCCCCUCCCUGCUGCCUGCGUCGGCCCCAUCCGUGUGCCGGAGUGUCCCUUGGGUCACAUGGCUACAACGAGGGACCUCUGCACCCUCCGUGCUAGGCUGGGARUGGAGAGGGCGAAGGAGCCGCCUCYGCACCUGCUGAGGGCCAGAGGGGCAGGCUGGGCUCGGAGGUGGACGAGUGUGUGGGCACUGCAGGGCCGCGAGUGAAGGCUGGGCACCGUGGCUGUGGGACAGUCCUGGAGGCCACCAGGGCAGGGUGGCCGGCCUCCCUGUGCAGUGGACUCUGCUCGCUCUCUGUCCCCUCUAUGAUGGGAACAGGAGUCACAGGGACCAGGAGGACAGACACGCCCUAUUUGAGAGAAGGAGAAAGAGACACUCGGGUAGGGACACUCCUGCCAUCCCAGGUCACCCAGGGCUCUCAGCCUCCCAAACGCAGGGCYGCUGAGCUUCCUUCUAGAACUGAGGACGUCCCCAGUGGCCAGGAGCCACGCCGUGGUCUGUCCCGUGAGAGGAGCCUCACAGCAGCUGGACAGUGGCGUCCUUCCCGGAGGGACGGCCCCGCGCUCCUGUCAUCAAAGGCAGGGACAUUGAAGACUCGUGUCACUGAAGCAGCUCUAGCGAGGCUGCGGGCGGUGGGCAGCGUGGACCCUCGGCUCCGAGCUCUGAGCGCAGGCCUCCACCCUACAGCCUCCUCCGGGAGCCGCGGGGACCUCUGCAGCCCAGCCCGGGCCUCCGCGUGGCUCUCCCUCCUGCCCUCCCUCCUGCCCUUCGACGCCCUUCAGCCACAGCCAGGACCUGGGCUUCCUCUGCGUGUGCCAGGCCACCUGUGGGGACGGAGUGCAAGCCCCAGCGCCCGGCGUGCUGGCCCAGGCCUGCUGUUCCCCGUGUGGACAGCAGCUGGGUUCCCUCUGCCUCUGGCCGCUGCUGUUCUGGCCGCUGACCUUGAUGCCAGCCGUGGGCUCCUCCUGGGGCCCCUCUUCCCUCGUCCCCCUCAGUGCACAGACUGAGCCACGGGCUCCCCCCGAGCACCACCGACCCAGCCUGAUGGUUACCCUGACGGUCACCCCCAGUGCCCAGGAGCCUCAGUCACUUGCCCUCGCCAAGCUGCCCUGGAGGGGCCGGCCCCGCCAGGCCCCCAGGGUGACGUGGAGGUCUCUCCCGGGUGUCACCAGUGUCACUGAACUGCGUGGGCUUCACGGCGUCCACGACACCCACCUGGGUGUGGAGGAUGCCUGCCCCUCUGACCCCGAGGGCUUCAGAAGCACCCUGAGACCGCCCCGUGGGCCCUGGGGCGAYGGCUCGAGGAGGGACGUGGACGUGGCCUCUCCUUGAUCCUGGGUCUCAUAGACCUGGCUCAGAGCCGGGGUGAGUCUGACCCCGAGAAGCGUCACCCACUGGGCGUGGCCCACUCAGCACUGCUGGGACAGAGCUGGCCUCUGGGGAYGUGGCGGCCCCCCAGAUGCCAUGUGAGAGCAGCACAGUCCCUCAGG